AUUUAUGGUAACUUUGGAGGCAAUUUACGACGGACGGCUAUAAACAUUUGUCUCUUUAUUAUUAUUAAAAAAUUGGUAUAGAUUUUGUGUCCCAUAGGUUGAUAUUAUCAAAAACAGUUUUGCGAAAGCACAUAGAUAUGCUCUAAGUAUUGCAUAUCUAAAACUUAUGCCAUUGAUUGUACGUUAAGAUUCGUGCCCGCAUUUUUUUGUCUUUUUUCUUUGUCUUUCUAGUUUAAAUGAGUCAUGCAAUAAUCAGGACACAUCUAGAUGUGCACUAGACAGAAAACAAGUCGGAUGAAGGCAUGAAGAGGGAGAGAAAACGAGGGAAAAGAUGAGUCGAACCUACCGAGUCGUUGAGAUUUCCUGUAUAGAAAACCAAACUACCCCUAAAACGAAGAUCCACCACAAAACUCCUACCAAUCUACCACCCAACCGGGGAAGAGGACAAUGCUCGUGACUCAGCUACACACCAACAGUCCAGCACAAGCUCUGCUCUGCCACUCCCAGUGCAUGCACUACUAAUACGGGAAUAGCACAGAACUACACGUACGACGCCGGGCGUCCUUGAAGUUGCCCGCCCGCCGCGCACCGAACAGGUCGACAAUGGCAAAGAACGCCACGGCCACCGCCGACGCCGGCGACGAGGUCGUCCACGACUUCUCUCCGCUCCUCCUGGUCCACAGGAGCGGCAGGCUCGAGCGGCCCCUCGUCAUGCCGCCCGUCCCGCCCGGCCACGACGCCGCCACGGGCGUCGUGUCCAAGGACGUGUCGCUCUCGCCCUUCUCCUUCGUGCGUCUCUACCUCCCGCCCGAAACGGGCGCCGGCGCCGGCAAGAAGCUCCCCGUCCUCGUGUACUUCCACGGCGGGGGGUUCGUGAUCGGGUCGGCCGCGUCGGCCGCUUACCACCGCUGCCUCAACGACCUCACCGCGGCCUGCGCCGCCGUCGCCGUCUCCGUCGACUACCGCCUCGCCCCGGAGCACCCGCUCCCCGCCGCGUACGAGGACUCCCUGGCGGCCCUCAAGUGGGUGCUCUCCGCCGCCGAUCCGUGGCUCGCCGAGAGAGCCGACCUGUCCCGCAUUUUCCUCGCGGGAGACAGCGCCGGCGGCAACAUCUGCCACCACCUCGCCAUGCACCACGACUUGAGGGGCGCCGCGGGAAGGCUCAAGGGCAUCGUCCUGAUCCACCCGUGGUUCUGGGGCAAGGAGCCCAUCGGCGAAGAGCCCCGGCCGGGGCGCGCGGAGGGCGUGGACCAGAAGGGCCUGUGGGAGUUCGUGUGCCCCGACGCAGCGGACGGCGCGGACGACGCCCGGAUGAACCCGACCGCGGAGGGCGCGCCGGGGCUGGAGAACCUGGCGUGCGAGAAGCUCAUGGUGUGCGUCGCCGAGGGGGACUUCCUGCGUUGGCGCGGCAGGGCGUACGCCGAUGCGGCGGCCCGGGCGAGGGGCCCCGAGCCGGCGGUGGAGCUGUUCGAGUCGGAGGGGGUCGGCCACGUGUUCUACCUGUACGAGCCUGCAACGGAGAAGGCCAGGGAGCUGCUGGAGAGGAUCGUGGCGUUCGUCAGAGCGGAGUGAGCACAGGCACGCGCCGUGGGGCAACGGGCAAUGCUGAACGGAAACGAUGAAAGAAGGUGAAGUAUAUCAAAAUAAACGACGACUAGACGUUUCAAGUGUGUAUUUUCUGUUGGUCGUUUGAGGGAUGAAAAGAGGAUGAAGAUUUGAAACGGACGCAUGUUUCUAAGCUAGAGCUCAAAUGUGCUCGGGUGAACAGUAAAAUCUGUUUUUUCAUAAUUGAAAUUUUAAAAAGAAACAGAAUUUUUUUGUCGCCGA